AUUCCAUUCACUAAUUUAAUCAAUUUAAUUGUCAAUUAGCUUUUCGAAUUACCGAAAAAGUUCAAAAAAUCGACGAGCGAUGUCGCCACUUGUACUUUUCUCUUUAAUUUUCUCUCAAAUUUUAAUUGUAACAUUGAAAAGAAAGAAAUUCAUCAUUUCCUUAAUCACAAUUAAGGAAACAGAGAAUUUUUUUUCUAAUUCUAAUAUCAAUUUCACUUGAGACUGACCAUUGGUCAAUCAGAUAAUUUGGUUCAUCUUUAACGCUUCUAUCUUUAAAUAUAACGAAAGUGUUCAAAUGAAAACAAAUUUAGUCUGAUUAUCGUAACAAUCAGUUUACCAUUUCAACUACCGCCAAAUUGUCUUUAAAUUGUAUUAGUUAAUUGUUUGUUCUAAAAUGAUUAAUCAAAAUUAUCAUCAAUUAUUUUCAAUUGUUCUAUUAAUAUAAAGAAAUAUGUCAACAAUUACACUUUUUGCUUGCCAAUUUUGUCUCAUCUUCAAUCAACAUCAUCGUUUUUAAAUUAUUGUUUAAAGUGAAAGAAAAUCAAUUACCAACAAUAAAGGGAAAAAGAGUUAAUUGUUGAUCGAUUAACAAUAAUGAUCCAAACAGGAGGAGACGAUAAGGACGAAACCAAUCAAUCAUUGACUCUAAAUGAUACUGACCCUGGUCGUCCACCAACACCACAAUUAACUUCAUCAUCAAUCCAAUCACCUUCAACUCUUUCAAUAUCAACAGCUACUUCGGGUUCUGGUUCAGUUGAAUCGCCCAAUGGUGGUACGAGUGGUGGUAUGGGCAGUGGUGGAUUAAGUCCUGGUUUACAAGAUCAACAAACACAGACCAAAGAUUCCCGAACACCUAAACAAGGAUUAGUUGAACAAUUAUCUCCCCAACAAUUAGCACAAUUACAAUUAGCUAAACAACAGACCCAACAACAGAAACAAGCUGAUGGACCUUCGAGGAAAAUAUCACAAUCAAGUGGAGCUAAACCAUUCCCAAUAAGAGGUGAUCGUACAACAAGCUAUGUGAAUAUACCACAUAUCAUUGCGAUGGUUGGUUUACCUGCUCGAGGUAAAACUUAUAUCGCUAAGAAAUUAACCCGUUAUCUUAAUUGGAUUGGAAUUAAAACUCGAGUGUUCAAUGUCGGUGAAUAUCGGCGACAGGCCACCGAAGCUUAUAAGAAUCACGAUUUCUUUAGGCCAGAUAAUAAGGAAGCCAUGAUUAUCCGAAAUAAAUGCGCUUUGGAUGCUCUUGAAGAUAUGUGUAGCUGGUUAACCGAGGGCAACGGCGAAGUGGCCGUUUACGAUGCCACUAAUACGACCUAUGCCCGACGUCAAUUGAUCUACGAUUUCGUGGUUGAAAAAUAUGGAUACAAAUUGUUUUUCGUCGAAUCAAUUUGCGAAGAUCCUGAGAUCGUCGAGGCCAAUAUUCGGGAAGUCAAAGUUCACAGUCCAGAUUAUCGUAAUAUGGCUCAGGAUAAAGCUUUACAGGAUUUCCUGCAACGAAUUGAACAUUACAAAGACGCUUAUCAAACAUUGGAAGAGAAUAAGGAAAAAAAUUAUUCGUUCAUUAAAACUUUCAAUGCUGGCGAAAAGGUUUUAGUCCAUCGGCACGAGGGGCACAUUCAAUCUCGAGUUGUUUACUAUUUGAUGAACAUUCAUAUUACUCCUCGAUCGAUUUACCUAACCCGUCAUGGAGAAAGUGUUUACAAUCUUCAAGGUCGAAUCGGUGGAGAUUCUGAACUCUCUGAGAGAGGUGGACAGUAUGCGAAAGCACUUGCACAAUACAUUUCCGAGCAAAAGAUUCCUCGACUUCGAGUUUGGACCUCACAAUUACAGCGAACCAUUCAAACCGCUGAAAGUAUUUGUGCCCCACAGGAAAGGUGGAAAGCUCUCAAUGAGAUUGACGCUGGAAUAUGUGAAGAAAUGACAUAUGAAGAGAUCCAAGAAAAAUAUCCCGAAGAAUUUGCUCUUCGUGAUCAGGAUAAAUUUCAUUACCGUUAUCCCAAAGGCGAGUCUUACGAAGAUCUUGUUGCUCGACUGGAACCCGUUAUUAUGGAGCUCGAACGUCAGGAAAAUGUUCUAGUGGUCGCUCAUCAAGCUGUUCUUCGUUGUCUUUUGGCCUAUUUCUUGGACAAAAGUUCAGAGGAUCUUCCUUACUUGAGAGUUCCGUUACACACAAUUAUUAAAUUGACACCGAUUGCCUAUGGGUGCGAGGUGACCGAGUACAAGGUUCCCAUUGAAGCGGUUAACACUCAUCGGGAGAAACCCAAGGUCUUACCGAAAAUAUCGUUAUCAUCGUACCAUCAUAGGUCGUCUCUUGCCGAUGUUCUGGCUUUGACAUUGAGCCAAGAGAAAGCUGGACUUCGGCGACAAUCCUCUUCUCCCCGGACUUCAGAUUAUUACAAAUUCUGAUUACAAUCAAUUUCUAUGUGAUGAUAAUCGAUUAAAAGAUCAUAACAUGAUCUUCAUUGGCUUCUAUUCAGUACUUAACUUUUUAUUCUGUAUCACCGAUUAUCAUCAACUUCAUCUCUACUAUAAUACCAACAUCAUUUUAAUUGUUUUGUUCUUUGUCCAAUCAUCCAACUGAUUUAGCAGUUCUUCAUCUUUAAACUGUCACAAUUGUCAAAAAGUUGAUGUAAUCUCAUCACAGCCAUAACCUGACAGGCCACACGAAUGAGAGCCGUUCGCCUUGAUCGCCCAGUCACUUUACCUUUCAAAUUGAGCUUUUCCUUUUCGCUUUACCUGAUCAACAUCGCGAUUCAAUUUUGUGUCAUGAACUUUGUUCACCUUUCGCUAUUCCAACAAAUCGCUUCAAUUUCAUUUAUUUAACAUCUCUUAAUCUCUCUCAUGUCUCAAACAAAAAUUCUAAGCCUUUGCCCUUUGUUAAUCCAUAAAAUCUCAAUAGUCUUAAUCACUAAUCCACCGAGAGAGAAUCAAAACUCUCUCUCUCUCAAUGUUUCUUGGAAUCUCUUGAUUGCUUUCCAAUCUCAAUUGUCUAUCUAAUCAACAAUUAGUUUUCUUCUUACAAUAUAAUCGAAAAUCUCAAAUUAAUCUCAUAUUUCAAGCUUUCUAAAUAUUUUUCGCUUGAUUCACAAUAAUCUCUCUGUUAUCUGAUACUUAAUCUAAUCCACUAAUUAGCUUUAAUCAAUCAAUCAGAUCUCUUAAUUAUGAUUAUGUUGUUAUGUUUUCUCAUUCCAUUUGAUUUACACCUAAUUCACUUUUAAUAUGCUUGCCAAGUGAUCAUUGAAAUCGCUUUCGUGUUAACAAUUAAUCUUAUCCAGUAACAAUUGUCAAUUGUAAAUGUAAAUCCAACAAUUAACUCUAUUUGCUUGGAGAAUUUAAAUUUCUUGAUUAACUUAUUCUUUCCCUCCCAAUAGAAUGUUAGUCGACUUAGAACUACCGCCGAGGCCUUGAAGACCGUUCCAGUGCAUCCCUUGUGAUUAAUUGCGAUCGUGAUUAACUUUAAUUGUAAAAUAGUGAGAAAUUGGUGGAUCCAAAUCAAUGGAUGUUGAUUCAAAUUAACCAUCGUAAUCAAAUUUCUUGUUAGAUUGUUUGUUUUUUUAUCACAUUUGAUAGUAUUAAAUUUAUUUUAUAAUCGUACAACUAAA